AUGGCCGUUACUUCAAGAUUAAGUUCAAUUGUCAUCAUCAUUGAAGAGACAUCCACUACUAAAUUAACUGAAACAACUAUUGAAGAGUCACCAAGCACUGCAUCAGCGGAAAAGAUUACUGAACUUUCUCCUCCUACUGAGUUCAUUGGAACAAAUACUGCUGAAGCAAUGGAAACAAGUUCGAAGCAGGCCACUAUGGCUGGUACACUGACAAAUGCUGCAACACAAGGUGAUGUUAAGUCAUCGAUAAGUGAGAAAACGAAAGUUUGUUGCCCUAUUCGUGCGCUGUCGAUUUACUGCAAAGCCUCACCACCGAAACAAGGUAAUUUUGAAGAUGUUUAUGUACUCCGUGCACUAUUCAACUAUCGGCAUCCACUACAACAUCCACGUCAAUCAGAAUACCAACAUCAACAGCGACUACAACCUCGACGCCAAGCACCCUGCGAGCAUCAACAUCAACUACAACAUCGACGUCAAUCACUCUCUCAAGUAACUGCGUUAUUCCGGCUUCUAGACAAAUUUUCUGGGCAAAUCCGGCUACUAGAGCAUACAGCAAUGUGCAAAUGUGUGACACUUACUUGAUAAUACAGAACCUUUUGUCCGAGAAAGCUGACUUAGUGCAGCUGGAUCACAGAAUAAGAAUUCUGUACAGACUGAAAAGAUGACUUUCCAAAACUAAACUCGUUUUCGGAAAGCAUAUCUGUCGGAAUGCUGCCGAGUUGCUUUAUUCUAAGAGGCUAAGCUGAAUAAGAACGCGUGUGUUCAGCGGAAAAUUAGAUUUAAGUUCCAUCUUACGCCUGAACGAGAACAUGAUUCUGACUGUUUCAAUUCAUCUCUACAUACUCCCGUUCUCUCUAACACCAACAUCGA